CACACGUGACGUGGCGGCAGCGGCACGUGCAGCCGUAUUAAGGGCCGUCGGCGGCAACCGCCAUCUUCUGUCGGUGCGCAGUCCUGGUGACCGUCGGAGGGAGGUCUGGCAGGGCGCAGCAUGAUUGAAGAAGACUGGAAUGCCGAGAUAGGGGACGAGGCGUUACUCCCGUCCCUUGAGAAGGUUAACUUGCUUGAGAAACCAAAUGACCCCUCCUCUGUCUUCAGUCGAACUGUAGACUCAUUUGGUACUGAUGAAUUUGUGGACACACAGCAUGAGUCAGUGAGUAGUUUUGGUAGAGGAAGAAACUUUGCAGCCAAAGCUUUUCAAGAAGGAAAUGGAGAAGAUGCCAUUACGCAAAACAGAGGGUUUAAAGGAUUUGGACAAGGUUUUCAAGAACGAAAUGCUGUAGAUGGUGCUAGUACACAAAACAGAGGGUUUAAAGGAUUUCGUGGUGGCUUUGGACAAGGUUUUCAAGAAGGAAGUGGAGAAGAUUUCAUUAUGAAAAACAGAGGGUUUAAAGGAUUUGGACAAGGUUUUCAAGAACGAAAUGCUGUAGAUGGUGCUAGUACACAAAACAGAUGGUUUAAAGGAUUUGGCGGUGGCUUUGGACAAGGUACUAAGGAUGGACAAAGGGGUAUGCCUCAGUCUAGAGCUCUCACCUUUAAAGAAAGACAAUCUCUAGCAGAUGAUGCAGGUUUUCAGGAUGGAAGUGGAGAAGAUGCCAUUACGCAAAACAGAGGGUUUAAAGGAUUUGGACAAGGUUUUCAAGAUCGAAAUGCUGUAGAUGGUGCUAGUACACAAAACAGAGGGUUUAAAGGAUUUCGUGGUGGCUUUGGACAAGGUACUAAAGGUGGGCAAAGGAGCACACUGCAGUCUAAAACUCCUGGCUCUCGAGAAGGAGGAACACUCGCUGAUGGUGCAGGUCCAAAGGUGACUUAUGUGCCCCCUCCUCCACCUGAGGAUGAACAAGCCAUCUUUGCACGUUACCAGACAGGAAUGAAUUUUGACAAGUAUGAUGAAAACAUCGUUGAAGUAUCAGGACUAGACCCUCCAGCAGCAUUAAUGAGUUUUGCAGAUACUAACAUGUGUCAUACUUUAACUGUGAACAUUGCUAAAGCUGGAUACUCUAAACCUACUCCAGUGCAGAAGUACAGCAUUCCUAUUAUACUGGCAGGACGGGAUUUGAUGGCAUGUGCUCAGACAGGAUCAGGAAAAACUGCAGCCUUUCUUGUACCAGUUGUAGCCCAAAUGAUGAAGGAUGGUGUAACUGCCAGUAGCUUUAAAGAGCAGCAAGAACCGGAAUGUAUUAUUACUGCCCCAACUAGAGAACUGAUAAAUCAGAUCUUCCUAGAAGCAAGAAAAUUUGUAUAUGGAACUUGUAUAAGGCCUGUUGUGAUCUAUGGAGGUACACAAACAGACUAUUCAAUUCGUCAAGUAAAGCAAGGCUGUAAUAUACUGUGUGCCACUCCAGGGAGGCUUCUAGACAUCAUUGAAAGAGGAAAGAUUGGUUUGCAUAAUGUGAAAUACUUGGUGCUGGAUGAAGCGGACCGCAUGCUUGAUAUGGGUUUUGGUGCAGAUAUGAAGAAGCUGGUAUCUUUCCCAGACAUGCCACAAAAAGACAAACGCCAAACACUAAUGUUUAGUGCCACUUUUCCUGAAGAAGUUCAGAGGCUGGCUGGUGAAUUUUUGAAAACUGAUUUUUUGUUUGUUGUUGUCGGACAUGUGGGUGGAGCAUGCAGUGACGUUCAGCAAAAUAUUCUUCAAGUUUCUCAGUACUUCAAGAGGGAUAAACUGAUAGAAAUUCUACACAGCAUAGGUAAUGAACGAACCCUGGUCUUUGUGGACACAAAGAAAAAAGCAGACUUCAUUGCAUGCUUUCUUUGUCAAGAAAACAUACCAGCCACUAGUAUCCAUGGAGAUAGAGAACAGAGAGAAAGAGAAAUAGCUCUUCGGGAUUUUCGUUCUGGAAAAUGUCCAGUUCUUGUGGCAACCUCAGUGGCAGCAAGAGGUCUGGACAUUGAAAGAGUUCAGCAUGUUAUUAAUUUUGAUCUUCCUUCCACCAUUGAAGAAUAUGUGCACCGAAUUGGGCGAACUGGUCGUUGUGGAAAUAUAGGGAAAGCAGUUGGCUUCUUUGAUAACAAUUCAGAUGGUCAUCUUGCACAACCUCUAAUUAAAGUGCUUUCAGAUGCUCAGCAGGAAGUUCCUCUUUGGUUGACAGAAGUUGCUUUUGAGGCUGAAGGAGGACGCCUGCCAGUUAAUACCCAAAAGAAUUACAGAGGCAGAGGCAAAGUGACUGCAGGAGAAGUAAAGAUCGGGUGUCCUGCAAGAGAAAUUGAGUCAUGGGACUGAACUACUUUAUACCAAACUAGCUUGUACUCCGUUGUGCUGUAAGUGAAAUGUUGCUUGAGAAGAUAAUCUCGCGAAGACCUAGUUUGGGAAGGAGCUUUAUGUAAGGGUUUGCCUAAACUUUGUUCCUUUCUUUUGUAACAUGUCAGUUAAAAAGUUUGAAUUUUGUGUUAUGAUGAUACAAGGAUUUGUUAAAUUGCUCAAAAGCAGUUAAUAAAAGUUUGAGAAGAGCACUUUG